AUGACUAGAAUUUUGUUGAGUCAUCCUUCUAUCUAUCUAUCUAUCUAUCUAUCUAUCUAUCUAUCUAUCUAUCUAUCUAUCUAUUCAAGAUUCAGCAAAGCCAGGGUGUUAGUUGACGCUUCUCUCCCGCAACCCACAUUUGCCACCCCCCUUCCUUCAUCGUUCUCCUUCCUCCUACUCACUCCCCAAACCUCUUAUUUUCACUUUUCGACGGAUGUGAAAUUUGUUCUCACUUACGGGCGCCGCCAGCAAAUUUCACUUGUACUGAAUGUUCGUGACCUUCAAGCACUGACUUCUGGAGGGCAAGAAGAACUCCAAAUAUCUACCCCCAUCCUUCAUCCCUCUUUACCAGAUUUAAGUGACAAACUUUAUACUUGUGUUAAUUCUAUCUAUCUAUCUAUCUAUCUAUCUAUCUAUCUAUCUAUCUAUCUAUCUAUGAUUCUGCCGAGUAUAUGUUCAUAUCUAUCAUGA